AAAAUGUCUCAGUACUCAGGAAAAAUCACUUUCUACGAAGGCAAAUGGUUCACGGGCAGAAAGCUGGAGGUCUGUGGCAGCUGCAGCAGCUUCCAGGACCGAGGGUUCCUCAACCGGGUCAACUCCAUCUGCGUCCAGAGCGGGGCCUGGGUCUGCUUCGAUCACCCUGACUUCCGGGGGCAGCAGUACGUCCUGGAGCACGGCGAGUACCCCGACUUCUAUCACUGGAACGGCCGCAGCGACCACCUGGGCUCCUGCCGGCCCAUCGGGAUGCACGGCGAGAAUUACAGGAUCCAAAUCUUUGAGGGGAGCCACUUCAGCGGCCCCAGCCUGGAGCUGACGGAGGAUUGCUCCUUCCUGCAGGGGCAGGGCUGGGACAAGACCAGCAUCAACGCCCUCAAAGUCUACGGCGACGGCGCGUGGGUGCUGUACGAGGAGCCCAACUACCGAGGCCGUAUGUACGUGGUGGAGCGAGGAGAGUUCAGCAGCUUCAACGCCUGGCAGGCGCGCAGCGCGAGCGUCCAGUCCAUCAGAAGAGUUGUCAACUAG